CUGGGCGGAGAGACAGUAGUCAUAUCACUUCAAACUUCAAUUCAGCAGCCUUUUCCGUUUAGCUAUACGCGGAGUGAGACAUGUCUUUACCAGAUCGUCGUGAAGAGUGGGACAAGAAUGGCCCAGCUAAUGAAGAUAGCCAGCCCCAAGGCUAUGAUGGCCCACCAGGUAUGGAGCCUGAUGGCAUUAUUGAAUCCAACUGGGAAGAGGUGGUUGAUAAUUUCGAUGACAUGAACCUAAAAGAAGAACUUUUAAGAGGAAUUUAUGCCUAUGGUUUUGAAAAACCUUCUGCUAUUCAACAGAGAGCAAUCAUUCCUUGUGUAAAGGGACAUGAUGUUAUUGCUCAGGCUCAGUCAGGUACUGGAAAGACUGCAACAUUCUCCAUCUCUAUUUUACAACAAAUUGACACGUCAGUGAGGGAGUGCCAAGCACUUAUAUUGGCACCAACUCGUGAAUUGGCUCAACAAAUCCAAAAAGUAGUAAUUGCCCUAGGAGAUUUCAUGUCAGCUCAGUGUCAUGCAUGUAUUGGUGGCACCAAUGUACGAGAAGACAUAAGAAAACUUGAAACUGGAGUGCAUGUUGUAGUUGGUACACCUGGUAGAGUUUAUGAUAUGAUAACACGGAGGGCCCUAAGGCCGACCCACAUUAAAAUGUUUGUCUUGGAUGAAGCUGACGAGAUGUUGUCAAGAGGUUUUAAAGAUCAAAUUCAUGAUGUGUUUAAAAUGUUAAACACUGACGUACAGGUAAUCUUACUUUCGGCUACCAUGCCAAAUGAUGUGCUAGACGUGACAAAAUCCUUUAUGAGGAGUCCUGUUCGGAUACUUGUCAAAAAAGAGGAACUUACCUUAGAAGGUAUCAAACAAUUUUAUGUGUAUGUAGAAAAGGAAGAUUGGAAAUUAGAGACAUUAUGCGAUCUCUAUGAUACUCUUUCGAUUACGCAGGCUGUAAUCUUUUGCAAUACCCGUCGCAAGGUCGAUUGGUUAACAGAAAAUAUGCACAAGAGGGACUUCACUGUUUCUGCUAUGCAUGGUGAUAUGGAACAAAGAGAACGUGACGUUAUUAUGCGUCAGUUCAGGACAGGAUCAUCUAGGGUUUUAAUAACCACUGAUCUGUUAGCGAGAGGUAUAGAUGUACAGCAAGUUUCCCUAGUUAUUAAUUAUGAUUUGCCUUCUAAUAGAGAAAAUUACAUUCACAGGAUUGGUCGAGGUGGUAGAUUUGGUCGUAAAGGUGUAGCAAUAAAUUUCGUAACUGACGAUGAUAAACGCACGCUUAAGGAUAUCGAGCAGUUUUACAAUACAAAGAUAGAUGAAAUGCCGAUGAAUGUUGCUGAUCUCAUAUAAAAACGAGGUUAUAAAGAGUGUUGGUGUGUUACUACGACGUCUCCUGAAGGUUCUCUGGUGCGUCAUCAAUCCUGUGGACACCAAAAUUUGGAAAUAAAGAUCUAAUUUCCAUUUUAAAUUACAAUUCAGUGGUUUUGCUUCUUAUUUAAAACCCAUUUUCCAUACUCCAUUUUCCUAUUUUUACAA